AGGAGACAGACAUUCCAUCAGAGCCCCUGUGGGGCUGCAGCGCGGACGAGACAACCAGCCGGGAUUUUUAAUUGUUGAGAAAGACUGAACAGCGAGAGUACGCAGGAAUGAGUCCACUGAGAGGUUUCCCCUGUUUUUUGAUACUUCUGUCUGCGGCAGAUGUUUGCGGAGUUGUGGGUGGCGCAAAAGUUGACAAUGUAUCGUCCGAAGUCUGUCAUCAUCCGUGUGAGGAGCUGGUGGACUUACUCACUGAGAUCCAAGGCCUGCGCAUUGUGACCGGCAACCUGCUUGAAGACCUGGACAGAGUAUCAAAAGAAAACGAAGAGAUGCGGACAUCUUUGUCGGAGCUGGACAAUAAUAGCAGCAACAACAAUAAAAACAGGUCGCACAACAGGAGCAGCAUCAACGGCAACGUCAGCAGCAGCCGCGGCAGCACCGGCAGCAACAAUGGCAGCAGCAAUGGCAACGACAAUGGAAACAGCAGCAAUAGUGGCGACAGCAGCGGGAAUGGAAACGGUAGCGGCAAUGGAAACGGCAGCGGCAAUGGCAGCGGUAGCAGCAACGGCAGUGGUGGCAGCAACGACAGCAGCAGCAGCGGGAAUGGAAACGGUAGCGGCAAUGGCAGCGGUAGCAGCAACGACAGUGGUGGCAGCAACGGCAGCAGCAGCAACGGGAAUGGAAACGGUAGCGGCAAUGGAAACGGCAGCGGCAAUGGCAGCGGUAGCAGCAACGGCAGUAGUGGCAGCAACGGCAGUGGUGGCAGCAACGGCAGCAGCAGCGGCAGCGGCAACGGCAGCGGCAAUGGCAACGGUCCUGGUAGCAGCUCGGAUGUCAAUGAUGUUGACAGAGACAGAGAGGUCUGGUGCAUGCAGGAUGGACGGGUGUACGAGCACGGGGAGGACUGGGAGGUUGACAGCUGCACCUGGUGUGCUUGCCAGGACGGAAAGGUGGUCUGUCAGCAGGUGGCUUGUCCUCCUGUAGCCUGCAUCUAUCCAUCCUUCAUCGAUGGAGAGUGCUGUCCUCUCUGCCGUGACAAUGAGAACGGGUGGUCCCCGUGGUCUGAGUGGACCCACUGUUCAGUCACCUGUGGACGCGGAGGUCAGCAGAGGGGCCGAUCCUGCAACGGCAUCAAGCCAGCCUGUGCUGGCCCGUCGGUCCAAACCCGCAGCUGCAUGCCGCUGAAGUGUGACCGCAAGGCGCAAUCUGACGGGAACUGGGGCCUUUGGUCUCCUUGGUCCGCGUGCACAACCACAUGUGGUGAUGGCAGAAUCGCACGGCUUCGUCUCUGCAGCAACCCUCCACCACAGAAGGGGGGCAGAGGGUGCGUGGGCGGCGCCAGGGAGACUCAGAUAUGCAACAACACACUGUGCCCCGUCGCAGGCGGCUGGACCGGCUGGACCGAGUGGUCACUGUGCUCGGAGUCCUGUGGCGGAGGUCUUAAGAGUCGACAGCGGGAGUGUUUGAGCCCCGCCCCUCAGCACGGUGGAAAGCCUUGUGCCGGAGAUGCUGUGGACUAUGAAGCAUGUAACAAACAACCAUGUCCCAUAGACACAUGUUUGAUCUCAAAUCCAUGUUUUCCUGGAGUGGAGUGCACAUCCCUCAGCGACGGAUCAUGGGAGUGUGGAAGUUGCCCGUUGGGAUUACAUGGAAACGGCACUCACUGUGAAGAUGAGAAUGAGUGUGAAGUGGAGAGUGUGUGUGUCACACAGUGUGUAAACACAGACCCCGGCUUCCACUGUCUCCCCUGUCCUCCUCGCUACAAAGGCACCGAGCCGUAUGGUCUCGGACUGAAAGAGGCCCGGAAAACCAGGCAGGUGUGCGAGCCAUACAAUCCUUGCAAAGACAACACACACACCUGCCACAGGUAUGCUCAGUGUGUAUACCUGGGUCUGGCGUCAGAGGUUCUCUUCAGGUGCGUGUGCGCUGUCGGGUUCGCCGGCGACGGCUUCCUGUGUGGCGAAGACUCUGAUCUGGACGGCUGGCCCAACGCCAGAUUAACCUGCAAGCAGAAUGCAACCUAUCACUGUCAAAAGGACAACUGCCCCACGCUACCAAACUCGGGACAGGAGGACCUGGACAAGGACGGACAAGGGGACGCCUGUGACCCUGACGACGACAACGACGACGUCAUAGAUGAGAGAGACAAUUGCCCGCUGGUGUACAACCCUCGGCAGUUUGACUCCGACAGAGACGGGGUCGGGGACGUCUGCGAUAACUGUCCGUUUGAUAGCAACCCGCUGCAGGCAGACACGGACGACAAUGGCGAGGGAGACGCCUGCAGCAUCGAUAUUGACGGAGAUGAGGUUCUGAAUGACCGGGAUAACUGUCCCUCAGUCUACAACACCGACCAGAGGGACACAGACUUGGAUGGUGUUGGAGACCAGUGUGACAACUGUCCCCUUCUGCACAACCCGCUUCAGCUCGACUCUGACAGUGACUUGGUGGGGGACAUGUGUGACGACAACGAGGACAUUGAUGAGGACGGGCACCAAAAUUCCCUGGACAGUUGUCCCUACAUCGCCAAUAGCAACCAGGCCGACCACGACAAGGACGGGAAAGGAGACGUCUGUGACCACGACGACGAUAACGACGGUAUCCCAGACGACCGGGACAACUGCAGACUGGUGCCUAACAGGGACCAGCUGGACUCUGAUGGUGAUGGGAUUGGAGAUGCAUGCUUUGACGAUUUUGACAAUGACAGUAUUCCAGAUGCACUGGAUCCAUGUCCACUGAACCAGGAUAUCGGCUCCACGGACUUCAGGAAGUUCCAGGUUGUUUUGUUGGACCCUAAAGGCACCACGCAGUCAGACCCUCUGUGGGUGAUCCGCAGCCAAGGCACCGAGCUGGUGCAGACGGCCAACUCCGACCCCGGCAUCGCCUUGGGGUAUGACAAGUUCAACGCACUGGACUUCAGUGUGACGUUUUAUGUGAAUACCAACCGAGAUGACGACUACGCAGGCAUUGUGUUCGCCUACCAGUCCAGUCGGCGCUUCUAUGUCGUCAUGUGGAAACAGGUGUCUCAGGCCUACUGGGAGAAAAAGCCCUUCAAAGCUUUCGCCACAGCGGGUGUCUCGAUUAAACUCGUCAACUCUACCACGGGACCUGGGGAGUAUCUGCGCAACGCCCUGUGGCACACGGGGAACACCAAACACCAGGUCAGAACUUUGUGGCACGAUCCCAAUGAAAUUGGCUGGAAGGACUACACCGCGUACCGCAUGCACCUCAUCCACAGACCCAAGACUGGCUUCAUCAGGGUGGUGGUGUACGAGGGCAGAGGGAUUCUAUCCGACUCGGGGGCCGUGUACGACCACACGCUGGCUGGAGGCCGACUGGGGCUCUUUGUCUUCUCUCAGGAACACGUCCUCUUCUCGGACCUCAGAUAUGAGUGCAGAGAUAACUGAACUAUUUUUCUGGGAUAUUCAGGAAACGCUUCAACAACCCACCAGAGAUCCACUCUCAUUACAGGAAUUCUUAAUGCAACUUAGAGAAAGAGAAACCAGGUCACUAUUGAUACCACAAAGGCGAAGAUUACCAGUUAGUGAUCAUCUAUCUAUCAGCUUUUUAUUCGACUUAUAUUACUGUAAAACUCACACAGCAUCUCUAAUGAUUGUAACUUCUCUUUACCUUCUAUUAUUUGAUAAUGGUUGUACAUAAUCAUUCAUGGCCAGAUAUAAAAGAGAGAGCUAUAUAAGUACAGUUCCAGUCAAGAGUUGAAUUGAAUAAGAAGCUGUGUCUUUUUUGACAGGUAUUGUACCCGAUGGCGUAAGAGGAGAAACACUGUGCAAAUGUCUGGUAUUAACUUAUCAAUAAAACCUUUUUUUCAAUUGUC